AAUUAACAAAUAUCUCCCCUUCCCUUAUUUUCCCGUUGGAGCUUCUGAAAUCCAAUCUCUCUCAUCAAACCUUCAAUCAACAAACCCUAACCCUAAAAAUGUCGAUCAGUUUGAGAAAAGCCAACACUCGAUUACCUCCAGAAGUUAACAGAGUUCUCUACGUUCGAAAUCUUCCCUUCAACAUCACCAGCGAAGAAAUGUACGACAUUUUUGGCAAGUACGGAGCAAUUCGACAAAUUCGUGUCGGAACUAACAAGGAUACUCGAGGAACUGCGUUCGUAGUUUACGAGGAUAUUUACGACGCUAAAACUGCUGUCGAUCAUCUCUCUGGGUUUAACGUCGCUAAUCGUUAUCUCAUUGUGCUGUAUUAUCAACCUGCUAAGAUGAACAAGAAGGUUGAUUUUAAGAAGAAGGAAGAGGAAAUCACGAAAUUGCAGGAGAAAUAUGGUGUUUCUACUAAAGAUAAGUGACUUUUUUGUCGUAUGGUUUAAUUGUUAUGCUUUUUUUUUUUUUCGGUUUUUAGGUUUAGCGAGUUUUUUUUGGAAUGUAUGUUAAUUGUAUAUGUUUUUUUUUUUUUUUUUUGGAAUUGAUUGUGACUAUUUAGUAUUGUAGUAUUAGCUUGCUAGUAUACACUAUGAAAUUGGGCGCUUUUUGCUCUUGAAUUUAUAGUAUUAUGGAUGUGUUUUUGUUGAA